AACACACACGAGAUGCUUGCCCACUUUCCACGCCACUCCCCUCCCUCGUAUGAUCGUACUUGCAUUUUACUCACUAACGCAACUGAGGGGAAGCCUUACACAAAUUCACUCACUUAGCUAUUUGGUAUACGAUAGGUGUCUUAUCACUCUCCAAAUAUAUAAACCGCGCACAUCCCCCCAGUUAAGCUGACACUUCUUUUCCUAUUUCCAUUGCGUCUUCAACAGAAACAUAUAUAAACCAUACUCUACGAUAAGAUACUCAUCUAAUCAUUCACCGUUGACACUCGUCUUAUAUACUCUUAUCCAGUCUAAUACCGAAUUAAGCUUACACAUCGAUUCGGCAAUCACACAUAUACAAUGGCAGCUUCCCCUCUCAUGAAUCUCUCUGUUUUUCCAGACGGCUUCUUCAACCCUUUUCACAGCAUCGGCCAAUUGGUUGUGACUGUACCUAGAGCCACAGCCAUCCCAAACCACAAAGACUUUGAUCUUCAAAGAGAGUUCAAUGAGUCUAGAAGAGGCUCCACCUCGUCCAUUUCCUCCAUGGAAAGCGACGAGCCUGUUCAUGUUCGCAAGGACAGAAACGUUAGGGAGUUCACCAAGGUUAUGGGCUACUACGACUGCUUUCCAUAAGCGAUUCUAGCAGCAUGGGUUCUUUCGUUUUCUUUUUUUUUUCUCGGUUUCUUUGGCUAUUCUGGUUCUUUCACUAUUUUUUUUUUCUA